AUGGCGUGUUCGUUCCCAACGAACCAGGCAAUCGUGGUCGGCGGCGGCCUAGGAGGAAUGUCUGCCGCGAACACCGUGGUGGAGCAUGGUGGACGCGUAGUGUUGCUGGACAAGUCGUCCUUUUGUGGUGGCAACAGCACGAAAGCCACCUCCGGCAUCAACGGGGCAGGCACCAAGACUCAGAAGGCCAAAGGCAUCCCAGACAACGCCGACAUCUUCACGCAGGAUACCCUCAAGGGCGGCGCGAAGAAGCCGGAGCUCGCCAAGCUGCUUUGUGAUAACAGCGCUGCUGAUGUGGACUGGUUGGUGGAGAAGUUCAACCUCGACCUCUCUCUCGUGGCACGUUUGGGCGGCCACUCGCAGCCACGGACGCACCGAGGAAAGGAGCGCUUCCCGGGCAUGACCAUCACGUAUGCCUUGAUCCAGAUGUUGGAGAAGGUUGCGGAGAAGACGGACCUGGCGCGCAUCAUCACGAAGGCCAAGGUCUUCAAGCUCGUGACGGACAAGAACGCCUGCGUGGGCUGCGUCUACGAGAAGGGUGGCCAGAACUUCCAGGAGUUCGGCCCCGUGAUCCUGGCGUCAGGUGGCUUCGGCGCCGACUUCACCCAGAACUCCCUGCUGGCCAAGUACCGCCCCGACCUUCUGCACCUGCCCACCACCAACGGCGAGCACUGCACGGGCGAUGGCAUCAAGAUGGGCGAGGAGAUCGGCGCGAAGACCAUCGACCUGGAGUGGGUGCAGGUCCACCCCACCGGCCUCGUGAAGCCGGACGACGCCGAUGCCAAGAUCAAGUUCCUCGCCGCCGAGGCCCUCCGCGGCGUGGGCGGCAUCAUCCUGAAUGCCGAGGGCCAGCGCUUCUGCAACGAGCUGGGCCGCCGCGACUACGUCACGGGCGAGAUGUGGAAGAGCAAGCCACCAUUCAGGCUCUGCCUCAACAAGGCAGCCUCCGAUGAGAUCAUCUGGCACUGCAAGCACUACACUGGCCGCGGCGUCAUGAAGUACUACAGCAGCGGUGCGGACUUGGCGAAGGACAUGGGUGUCUCCUUGUCUGUGAUCGAGAAGGCCCACGAGGACCACUUCCAGGCAGCCAAGAAGACGGAGACGCACCCAGACGACGGCCCCUACCCUGCCUAUCCGUCUGGCAAGUGCUGGGACGAGGCCAGUGGCAAGACGGGCAGCGGCAAGAAGUUCUUCCACAACAUCAUCCCUGGCGACGCCGUGAAGAACGAGCCCUUCUACGUUGCCAUCAUCACGCCCGUGAUCCACUACUGCAUGGGCGGCCUCCUCAUUGACACCGACUCUGCAUGCAUCGGCUCCAACAACCUGCCAGUGCCGGGCUUGUACGCUGCUGGCGAGGUGGCGGGCGGCGUGCACGGCAACAACCGCUUGGGAGGAAACUCCCUGCUGGACUGCGUGGUGUUCGGCCGUGUGGCCGGAAAGGCUGCUGCCAAGUACAUGUUGGGCGCCGACAUGAAGGAUGUGGAUCUGAUGCAGAUCACCGGCGGAGGGCUGUCUGGUGCGGUGCAGAGCUCCAAGCUGGCUGGCGGCUCCUACGAGGACAAGAUGAACUCUGCUGCACCGGCGGCCGCUGCAGCACCGAUGGCAAACGGAGGUGGCGGAGGUGGCGGCGGCAUGACCCUGGCAGACGUCGCGAAGCACAACACCAAGACAGACUGCUGGGUGGUGGUCGAUGGCCAGGUGCUUGAUGUCACCAGCUUCUUGUCGGAGCAUCCCGGCGGCGAGUUGGCCAUUCUCACCUUCGCCGGAAAGGAUGCCACGGAGGAGUUCAACAUGAUCCACCCUCCGGAUGUGAUUGGCAAGUAUGCUCCUGACUCUGUCAUUGGUAUGAUCGGUGGCGGUGGCGGCGGCGGUGGCGGUGCAGUUGCUGCCGGCGGAGGCGGCGGCGGCGGUGGAGGCAUCCCCAUGACCGAGGUGGCCAAGCACAACACCAAGACGGACUGCUGGGUGGUCGUCGACGGUCAGGUGCUGGACGUCACCAGCUUCUUGUCGGAGCACCCCGGUGGCGAGCUGGCCAUCCUCACCUUCGCCGGAAAGGAUGCCACCGAGGAGUUCAACAUGAUCCAUCCUCCAGAUGUCAUCGGCAAGUACGCUCCAGACUCCGUGAUCGGUGCGGUCGGCUCCGGCGUGGCAGCUGCCGCCAGCGCCGCGCCCAAGGCGGGCGGCGGCGGGCCCAUCAGGAAAGACACGGGCAGCAAGCUCGGCAACCAUGCUGCUUGGGGUCACCUGGACGGGGCACCCAACUGGCGAGUGGACCUCGACGAGAACCCAGGUGUCCUGCUCAUCAACGUGAAGUCCUACUUCAAUGCUACCUGGUUCCUGCUGCUCUCGGUGCUGUAUGAAGUUUGCGCCACCAUCUUCUCUGCCAAGAACAUCAAGAUCUCCAACGAUCGCUUGGGUCUCACUCGCAGUGCCAUCCUCCUGGUGCUCUUCAUCGUCAUCCAUGCAGUGGGAAACCUCCACGUUUUUAAAGGCCCGGAUGAUUUCAACGGCUACGGCUACUUCUACGUGCGCCUCUACUGGACGGGCUUUGGCCUGCCAGCCAACAUCGUCGAGGAGUACAUCCUCCUGUCGGUGCUGCUCCACGUAUUCGUGGGCCUGAAGCGAACAUGGGACAUGAAGCUCGCUUUGGUGCAGAGCCAGGGCAUCAACGUCCUGAAUUUGGCCAUCUCCGGCUUGAUGCUCCUGACCUUCAUGACCAUCCACCUCUUCCAGUUCCGCUUCGGCGACACCGACCAGUUCGGCCCCUACUACAUCCGGCCGCCUCCGUACCUCAUCAACUUCUGGGGCAUCUCCUCCCUGAACCUCUUCUGGACUUCCGAUGCCAGCGUGGAGAAGGUCGGCGUGCGCGACAUCUACGCCUUGGAGUUUCAGAUCUUUAAGAACCCCCUUUGGUCCUUCUUCUACAUCUUCUCUGUCUGCAUCUUCAUGUACCACGCCUGCAUUGGCUGGAAGAAGGUGACGCCGGUGCUAGGAAUUCCCAGGGGCCACAUCUGGCGCGUGGAGCUUAUCGGCUACGGCAUCAUGAUUGUCAUGGGCCUGGUCUACAUCUCCUUCCCGCUCUACGUGAUGGCAACCAAGCCCUUUGCUGGCUACGAGACCAAGAUCCAGAUCCCAGGCAGAAUCGAGUGA